GGACAAAGGCUGCCUGUGUAAUGCGCGCCCCCCCCCAGCCAGCUGCCCGCCCCACCUCCGGGUGAUGGAAUGUAGGGGAGUCCUCUGCUGGGGACUGGUGACCUUGCAGCACCCUAGCUCAGCCGGCGUGGAGUGCCGUGAUCCCCGUUGGGGGAUGGGCAGCGGGAGGCUCCGGAGGCUGCGCCCAGGCUCUGAGCAGCCCUGAGCAGCCGUAGGUCUGCAGACCGGCUGGGCGUGGGUCACCGACAUGGCCCAGCCACUGACCUUUGUCCUCAGUGUUCCCGAGACCCCAGAGGACCAUGGCCCGGAGCCCAGCCCCUAUGAUGAGAGCGAAGUGCACGACUCCUUCUAUCAGCUCAUCCAGGAGCAGAGCCAGUGGGUGGCCGAGGAGGGUCUGGAGCUGCAGCAGAGGGAGCCGGGGCCCCCGGAGACCCCAGGCAGCGGCCACCAGGCCCUGCUGGGGCCCGAGGACCCCCUCGUCCACAGCACGGCCACACUCCGCAUCUUGGCCAGCAUGCCCAGCCGCACUAUCGGCCGCAGCCGAGGGGCCAUCAUCUCCCAGUACUACAACCGCACCGUGCGGCUCCAGCGCAGGGUCAGCCGGCCCGAGCUCGGGGGCGUGGGGCGCUCCGCCCGGCCCAGCCUCCGCCUCUACGACCUGGAGCUGGAUCCCGUGGCCCUGGAGGAGGAGGAGAAGCGGUUCCUCCUGGUGAAGGAGCUCCAGGGCCUGCCGGUGGCCCAGCGGGACCACAUGCUCCGCGGGAUGCCCUUGGGCCUGGCCGAGAAGCGCUGCCUGCGAGAGGAGAGCCGGACCCUGACGCGGAAGCGGCGUGGCCGCCGUGGCCGGCGUGGGCUCCUCUCCUGCUGCGGCCGGCUGCGGGACGCCUGCGUCCUGGCCCUGCACAGCCUGGGGCUCGGGCUGCUCUCGGGGCUGCACGCCCUGAUGCCCUGGCGCUACGCCCUGAAGCGGAUCGGAGGCCAGUUCGGCUCCAGCGUGCUCUCCUACUUCCUCUUCCUCAAGACCCUGCUGGCCUUCAACGCCCUCCUGCUGCUGCCCCUGCUGGCCUUCCUCGUGGGCGUGCAGGCCGCCUUCCCGCCGCCAGCCUCCCCGGGCGCCGUCCCCGCCUUCACGGGCUUGGAGCUGCUCACCGGCGCGGGCCGCUUCACCCACACCGUCAUGUACUACGGCUACUACAGUAACACCACGCUGAACCAGCCGUGUGUGCCCCCGCUCGACGGCGGUCAGUGCAGCCGCGAGGCAGACGGCCUGCCCUACAACAUGCCCUUGGCCUACCUCUUCACUGUGGGCGUGGCCUUCUUCAUCACCUGCAUCACCCUGGUGUACAGCAUGUCGCACUCUUUUGGGGAGAGCUACCGGGUGGGCAGCACGGCGGGGGUUCAUGCCGUCACCGUUUUCUGCUCCUGGGACCACAAGGUAACUCAGAAACGGGCCUCCCGCGUCCAGCACGACAACAUCCGAACCCAUCUGAAGGAGCUGCUGGCCGAGUGGCAGCUGCGGCAGGUCCCCCGGAGCCUGUGCGGGCGGCUGCGGCAGGUGGCCGUGCUGGGGCUCGUGUGGCUGCUGUGUCUGGGGACGGCACUGGGCUGCACCGUGGCCGUCUACGCCUUCUCGGAGCUCACGAUCAAGAGCCCCGUGUCCACGGAGCAGGAGGGGGCGCUGCUGGCCCUGCCCACCGUGGUGUGCGUCCUCAAUCUGGGCGCCCCCUACCUGUACCGCUGCCUGGCGGCCCUGGAGCGGCACGACUCCCCGGUGCUGGAGGUGUACGUGGCCAUCUGCAGGAACCUCAUUCUCAAGAUGGUCAUUCUGGGGAUUCUUUGCUACCACUGGCUGGGGCGCAGGGUGGGCGUCCUGAAGGAGCAGUGCUGGGAGAACUUCGUGGGCCAGGAGCUGUACCGGCUCAUGGUGCUGGACUUCAUCUUCGUGCUUCUGGACACGCUUUUCGGGGAGCUGGUGUGGAGGCUCAUCUCUGAGAAGAAGCUCAAGCGGGAGAAGCCGGAGUUUGACAUUGCCGGGAACGUUCUGGAGCUGAUUUACGGGCAGACCCUGACCUGGCUGGGGGUCCUCUUCUCGCCCCUCCUCCCCGCCAUACAGAUCAUCAAGCUGCUGUGCCUCUUCUACGUCAAGAAGACGAGCCUGAUGGCCAACUGCCAGGCGCCCCGCAGGCCGUGGCUGGCCUCGCACAUGAGCACCGUCUUUGUCUCGCUGCUCUGCUUCCCCUCCUUCCUGGGAGCCGCCGUCUUCCUCUGCUACGCCGUGUGGCAGGUGAGGCCCUCCAGCACCUGCGGCCCCUUCCGGACCCUGGACACCAUGUACGAGGCGGGCAAGGUGUGGGUGCGCCGUCUGGAGCAGGCGGGCCCCAGCGUGUCCUGGGUGCCCUGGAUCCACCGCUACCUGGUGGAAAACACCUUCCCCGUCUACCUGGUGUCGGCCCUGCUGCUGGCCGUCAUCUACCUCAACAUCCAGGUGGUGAAGGGCCAGCGGAGGGUCAUGUGCCUCCUCAAGGAGCAGAUCAGCAACGAGGGGGAGGACAAAAUCUUCUUGAUCAACAAGCUUCACUCUGUCUACGAGAGGAAGGAGAGGAGGGCUGGUAGGACCCAGGAGGCCGAGCGGCUUGCGGGCGAUCCGGACGCCUGGUAGGACAGCGACAGGCCUGGCGGCUCUGCGUCUGCUCACGGGUGUGGCCUGUGCCCGGUGCCCCUCUUUUCCACUGCCCUGGAGGCACAGCCGCCGCCCCGGACUCUGCAGCCCAUGAGGGCGGGACCUGCAGGGGGGCGGGGGGCACCCAGGGGACCGUGUCCUGCUUGGGACUCUAUUUAUUGAUAAAAUGUGUUUUGCAAAAUGA